AUGGCCACAACCCCCGCACCGCCACCCUUCCAAACCGCGCUCCUCGCCGGCGCCCUCGCCGGCACCACCGUCGACCUCUCCCUCUUCCCACUCGACACGCUCAAAACCCGGCUCCAAUCCUCCGCCGGCUUUUUCGCCUCUGGCGGUUUCCGGGGCAUUUACCGCGGGGUCGGCUCGGCCGUCGUCGGUUCGGCCCCCGGCGCCGCCUUCUUCUUCUGCACCUACGAAGCGAGCAAAUCCUUCCUAGCCUCGUCGCCCACCUUCUCCCCCUCCUCGCACCACGGCAGCACGCCCCAACACCAAGCCCUCACCCACAUGCUCGCCGCCUCCGCCGGCGAGAUUGCCGCGUGCGCGGUGCGCGUGCCGACCGAGGUGGUCAAGCAGCGGGCGCAGGCCGGGCAGCACGGGGGCUCGUCGCUGCGGUCGCUGCGGCAUAUUUUGGGGCAGCGGGGGAGCGUCGGGGUGGUCGGGGUGUGGCGGGAGCUGUAUCGCGGGUGGGGGAUUACGGUGAUGCGCGAGGUGCCGUUUACGAUCCUGCAGUUUCCGCUGUGGGAGGCACUGAAGGGGUGGGGGCGGGAGAGGAAGGUCAGGGUGGGGAGGGGGUUGUUUGGGGAUGUGAGCGUGCAUCCGGUUCAUGUUGUUGGUGGGGGGGGUGUUGGGGUGGUUGGGGGGAGGUCAGCGCGGCCGAGUCGGCGCUGUAUGGGAGUAUAUCGGGCGGGGUGGCGGCGGCGGUGA